CCUCAUCUCAACAUCAAUGAUUGCCUUCGUAAGAGCAUUCUACUAGAAUCAACAUUAAUCGGUGGUUCCCCAAAGCUGCUCAUAAUCAUCGCGAAAAGACACCUCUUGUGGAAGCCCAAAAAUAACCAUGUCAAAACGAAUUCGCAUCGGCAUCCUCACGCCAUCUUCAAACACAGUCCUGGAGCCUCUCAGUCAAAAAAUCAUCGAUCAACUACCAGAAGUCAGCGUCCACUUCUCCCGCUUCACCGUUCAUAGAAUCGCCCUAUCAAGUGAUGCUUUGGCACAAUUCGACAACACCAAGAUCAUCGAAGCAGCGAAACUUCUUGCUGACGCUUAUGUCGACGUGAUCGGCUGGAGUGGAACCUCUUCAGGCUGGCUUGGCUUUGAACAAGACGAGAAGCUAUGCGAAGAAAUCACUGCUGCUACCGGUGUACCUGCAACGACCUCUGUGCUGGCACUGAAUAAGCUUGUAAAGAAAUUGGGAGUGGAGAAAAUGUCGCUCGUCACACCGUACACAGAUGAUGUGCAAGAAGCUAUAAUCAGAAAUUAUGCGACUAUUGGUGUGGAUUGCGAUUUGGAGCGGCAUCUGCGACAGUCGCACAACGCCGGAUUUGCGGAUAUUUCUGUCGCGACGCUUGAUGACAUGGUCAGAGAAGUGGUCAAAGGAGGUGCUAAGCACGUUUCAGUCUUCUGUACUGGUCUUAAAGCGGCCCAACGUGUCGACUUUUGGGAGGAGAAAUAUAACAUUUGCGUACUUGAUACGGUAGCCACAGUCAUGUGGGAUGCACUUAGAAUCAGUGGUGUAGACACAGGUCGGAUAGUUGGUUGGGGAAAGCUGUUUCAAGAGGUAUGAUCAGGCAGCUACACAAGAAACAACAGACAUGAAUUUUAACACAAACUCUUGACUGC